CACUGAAUAUGCAAGAUGGAAAAAUUGGGAAGAUGAAGGGAAGAAAGAAGGAACACUCCUCAUCUUCACGCUUUAUCUUGCUGCUCUUCUGUAUCGCUGGGCAUACAACUGCUGAGCUGGAUGGCAGCAAAGAAGAGCAUGUUGUGGGUGCUGGUUUGCCACCACUGAAGCUGGUGCACUCCUUCUGUGCCAUGAAAGCAGACGAGGGCCCGUGCAAAGCCAUCCACAUCCGCUAUUUCUUCAACAUCAAAAGCCGCAAGUGUGAAGUGUUUGAAUAUGGUGGAUGCCAUGGCAAUGAGAACAACUUCCCAACGCUGGAGGAAUGCCAGGAGAAGUGUGUGGCAAAAGAAUUUCCUCAGAAGAUGGCAUUAGCAAAAAUUAAGAAAGGAUUGUUUCUAGGCCAGCCUGACUUCUGCUUCCAUGCCCAAGAGCCGGGGGUCUGCCGAGGGUAUUUUACCAGGUACUUCUACAACAAAGAGACAAAACUCUGUGAGGCAUUCAAGUAUGGUGGGUGCCUAGGAAACCAGAACAACUUCAGGACUUUGGAGGAGUGCCAGACUACCUGCCAAGACAGCUCAAAUUUAUUGCCAGCUGUUACAGCUGAAGAGCAUCCCAGCUCUGUGAACAGCAGUUCCCCAGCAGAAGAUCAUCCCAGCUCUGUGAACAGCAGUUCCCCAGCAGAAGAACAUCCCAGCACUGUGAACAGCAGCUCCCCAACAGAAGCACCCAGCCAGUCUCCUGGGAUUUUUGUUAAUUUGUUGCCAGCUGCUCCAAAUGACAAGUCCAAUGCCCUGAACAGGAGUUCCCCAGAGGAGGAGCCCAACCAGUUCCCCAUUUUUUUUGUUGUGCAAGAGGAAGCAACAAACAGUUGGGAAGACCCUGAGCAUUCUCACCAAGUAUUUAUGUUGGUUUUUUGCUUUUGCACUUGCUUGCACUUUUGAGGACUGAGUGAUGACACAGAGACUCACUAAGGUUUUUGCAUUUUGUAUGUUCUGUAAGAUAACAAGUGUGUAGGUGGCAUUCCUGCGCCAUUGCUUAGAAUGGAGUGUCUAAUAAAGCAUGAGUGUGUGUUGUACCUUCUUUUCUGCCUGCACUGUAAUCUACAGGCACUGCUGGUUUGAUGCACGUUUCUGUACAGUUGUGUUGUUUGUUUACCACAUGCGAAGCAUCAAUGCACUCUGGUAUUUAAAUGAAUGAAUAUAAAACAGUAAAGCUUUUGGCAGCCUGUUUUACUGAAAACUAUGUGAAUUACAUCAGGUCUGGCAAUAAGUCUGGGGGUAUUAAGGGGCAUUCCCUGAAGGUUUUUAUUCAUAGCAUGAAUGCCUGAAUCCUCCAAACAGCUAACCCAUACCAGGAAAGGAGCAUGCCUCACUAUGUUUUCUCAGAGGAAAUGGAAGGGGUUUUGAUUGUGUCAGCAAUAGAGAAUUUUCCUGCACAGCAGACUUUGAGGGUAGGAGAAAGAGAACUGAAGAUUGAUGGAACGAAGAGUCAGUGUAGCAGAAGGGGUUGGGUGAGAAGCACAGCUGUGGAAGGACCAGGGAAUUUCAGUGGAAAGUCUGAAGGCCCAACAGGUUCUUCCUGAUUGUGUGACUUUGUCUUGCUCUUGUCUGCCUCAUGCAGCCUCCUGCUCCUGUUCUGUUUAUCAGCUUGUGCCCUUCAGGCUGCUGGAAUGGGCUACAUUCAGGUGCUUUUGUGCAAUCCAACUAGAGGGGAAGGCCAAAGCUGACAGCUGAUUUCUCCACAGAGACAUGGAGAAUAUUGUCUCCAUUGCUGUGUUUCUAGAGGUGCAGCUAUCAAGUGAAGUUCCAAGGCAGAGACAAGUCACAUAAAUGUGUGGGGUAACUGUCUUUCACUUUCUGUAAGGACUAAGCUAUUACAGUGACAGAUCAAUUUGCCUGUGCUUGAGGAGAGGGGCAUCAGCCACUGCUUCCCAAACAGUUCACCCUGAUCCUCACCUCAUAUGUAAAGUCAAAUUCUGUUUGCUAUGUAUCUUGGCCUGGCUAUGUAUCUUUUUCAAAGAUCUUUUAAAAAAUUAAAUAUAAUUUAGUUACUUUACAUUAAAACAUGAAAAAAAAAAUUACAAGGAGUUGUCUCUUAUAGAAUACCUCACUUCACAAUUGACAUGAUAUUUCGUCUUGAUUUUAAUAAAAAAAGGGGUUUUUUGGUAUGUGUAACUCUGUAACAAUAUCUGAUUUUCAGAUUUACAAUAUAGUUCUUGAUCUUCAGAAGAUUAAACUGUUCUAUGGCCAAAUAAAGCAAACCAUGGAUACAGACAUGAAGUUUCUAGCACUCUCAGCAAUGAACUUUCUGCAGAGAUUGAAGGUUGUUCUGGUCUCACUCUGCUGAAACAUCUAUAAUAACUUUUACUCUCUGCAAACUGAGAAAGAGUGAGGCUAAGAAUCAAAGCUUUCGUUUCAUGUGAUCUGUGGUAGAAAAUUGCAAGCACUAUACCUACAUUUGAUUUGUGAGAUUUGAGUGGGACACAGGAUCAAAAGUCAAUUUUCAGCUCAGCAAAUUUGGAAUAGCACAAGGAUGCAGGUCCUGUGAGUACAGAGUCAGGGUCAUCUUUUGCUGGUAUAAAUUGGCACAGUUCUAUUUGCUUUCAUGGAUCUGCACCAAUUUAUACCUGUGGAUUACUGUCAAGUGCAGAUGACUCGUUAUUUUUGUAAUAGCCUGUCCACUUGAAGAUUCUUUUAUUUUCGCUUUGCUGCAACCAGAAAUGAGGAGCUGAAGUCUGCACAUAUUGAAAAUCUGGCAAUAAACCUGAAGCUUCAUGAAUGUCACACACUCAUGUCUAGGCAGAAGUAGUGCUCACUGCACUUUCCCUUUCCUCCUGAGAUAAUUCCAGACUUUUCUAGUGUCAAUAAUUAGUAGUCUGCUGUCACACAAGCCCUGCAAAGCCUGAGGGAUAAGGAUUAUUGUUGCAAUGCAGAGCUUGGGGCUCUUUCUGAUAAAUGAGUCUGUAUCUGGAUGUGCAUUUUUCAGAGAUUCUGAGAUUAAUCUGUGAUUUUUUUGGAGAUUAUGAUCAUGUCAUGUGUUUAUACCUCAGGGCGAUGGGAUUCAACAAAGGGCUGUAUUAUAGGAAUUGAAUCUUAAACCAUACAAUGGUUUUUUGUGUGUUUUUGUGGCUUGUGGGACUUUUACUUCUUUCUUUUUUUCUUCAAAAAAUAAGCAGGAGAGAACUUUUCAACAACUCUCAGGAAAAUGGGGUUGUGAAAUGGAAUAAUUUGGGAGAGAAACUCAAGAAUAGGCAUAACAGCUCAAUUUUCUGUUCCAUCACAUCCAUAAAUACAGCACUAGGAACUGGAGCUGAACAGAGACAACUCACCUGCUGUAAUGAUCUGAUGACAUUGUUUACACACUGUCUCACAGGCUUUCACAUUGUCCUGCCAAUAGACACUCUGGAAAUGAUACAGGGAAUGUUUUCUGCUUACAUGAAGUCAAGUCUUUUAGUAAUCAAUACAUUCAAAUAAAUUUAUAAUUUUAUACUCUUCAUCAUAGAGGAAAUUAUGAUAAGUUAUUUAGUUUUUAUUUUAAAAUACUGUUUUGUUGGAAAAAAAUGGCUCUAGGUAGCAGAAUUAAGAGGUUUUCUUCACAGGCUGGUUUUAUCUAUAAGUGAAGAACAUGCAGGUAUUUUGAACAUAAAAAAGGAACAAUGUUUGGUAUUUAGGGCAUUUAUGUGACAGUAAUAUAGGCAAGGAAUAACAUAAUUUUUUGGGGAAGAAUACAAGAGGGAUUCUGAAUAGCACCUGGCUCUCUCUGGUGCACUGUACAUGCACAGGCAGUCCUUGCUUGCCUCAUCGCUGGCUCCAUGGUUCCCCCAAAUCUUGCAGUCAUAGUGGGAGCUCUUUCAUGAGGGGACUGUGGACUCCCUGGAGAAUUCUACGUGACAGAUAAGUAAUGUACAUUACAAAGUGUGUAUUUGGAUUCUCUGUUAUAAUUAACAAGCCUGUGCUGUUUGGCCCUUUGCUCACUGGCAAGCCUUUCUGCUCUAUACUUUGUGUGUUCAGAAAUUAGCAGGUUUAAAUAGGUGAGCUAUGCUGAACAUUUGCUUUGGAAACUAACAUCCUCUCCAGCUACAGAGAGAUGAAAUCAGCUCCAGGCUCAAGAGUUUUCAGAGCAGUACCAAAAGCAUUCCCUGGUUAAUUUAACUACCAUCUUCAUUAUAAAAAAAACCCACCAGGUUUAAUAUAGAUUUUAUCAAUUGUGGACUUCUAUUCUGAACCCAGAGUGAAACUUAGUCUUGCAAUUGUGAAAAGAAGUUAAGAGGUUCUUAUUUUAUAACUUGAAACUAAUUUAGUCUGUCUCGAAAAAGCAACUCAUUAUUCGGUUUUUAAAUUUCAGAUUUUUUUUUUAAUAGUGCGAUGUUGCUAACACACCACUCUAUUUCUUUCCCAGCUAUUUGUCAUACUUUUUCAGCACACCAUUUCAGCUAUUAUACAUUUAAGAUGAACCUUUUUUUAGCAGCUGUACCACAUGUAAUACACCUAAGAUGUAGCACAUGCUUUUUGGAUGUUUUUUCAGCCUCCUUCGUUGCCCAGGUUUUAAUGCAUAACUUCUUGCUUUCAGCAGCCUAUCUGCUUCCCACUUUUGUGACCACAGGAUGUCUUCAGCUUUGCUGUAACCCAAAUGAUUUCCUCAAAUGUUUACUGUGUUUUCCCACUGAACUCCUUCUGUGUGGCUUUCUGUCUUCAAGAGUUCACACUUGCAUUUAUGCAUUCAUUUAUUGCAUUUAUGUACCCAGUUCUGCUGCUUUCUGAGGAAAAAUGAUGCUCUUUUGGGUCCCACAUAACUGGUGAUAGAAUGGCUCCCAUUCAGCUUCUUGCAGCCUGUGCAGCAAUUUUAUCAGUUCCCAUUUGUCUAUUAGUCACUCUGGAAUGAUAGAUGAUGGAGUUCUUGCAGGUUUGGGAAUUCUGGCACGGAUUUCUUCCUGGGCUUGUUGCAGUGCCCAGGUCCUUUGGCUACCUCAGGUUCAUCCUCCAGUGUUUCAGUUCUCACUUGCAGCCACCCUGAAGGAGCAAACCACCAGCCUCUCCUUGGAAUGGUAAAAUCCUGCCAGCAGCACUAACACACCAGCAUCUCCAUUAAUUUGUGGACUUGUUCUUCACCUUCAAUCCUUUUAUUUUAUUCUGCAAGUUGCAGGCUCUUGUUUUAUAACUGCUCAAUGGUUGCUGACAGACACUGUUACUUAGGUCAAGUUUUCUGUAGUCAUUCAACAAACUCAGCACUGAGAUAUUGAAUCUUACACUGGAAAUGCUUUUACCUUCUCCUUGAUUCCAGAAUGUCUAGCAGUGAUUCACUCCAUUAAUUAUUAGAAAUAUUCACCAUAUUUUUCAAGCUGUCCACGUUUAAUUUAUUUCACAUCACUUUCUACAAAUGCUUCACUUGAAACGCCUCAAAAUGAAUUUGUGUGCUCUCUCCUAUGGCAGAAAUGGCAAUUUUAUCACUCACAACACAGGUAAAGGUACAGCUUUCAGGUAAACUUUUGCUGGCAAUCCAAAGACAGAAUUAUGUUUUAUUGCACUAUUAUUUGUUUGCAAUCAUAAAAUGAUGCUUAUGCCAAGUAGCUUGGAUUUUCAGGAGAGCAGAAUUAAAUUUGUCAGCAAAAAAUUUCAAAUAAUAUUGACAUAAAACUGCAAUGCUGCAGUGUUGUCUCACCUUAUCUUUUU